AUGAGAAUCUCCACGAGCCGCAGCGGCCUGCCCACUGUGCUGAGCCUGUUUUUGGCUUGCUCUGUCCUCUUGCAGGGCACGCUUGCACGUUCGAUUGACUGGCGUCUCCAUGCACGCGCCGCCGAUGAGAUCCCUCACAACCUGACCAUCCCGGACAACGAAACCUACCUCCUCAACGGCACCUGGCUUGCUUACUCAAACGGCACCCUCCUCACCUCCGAGGACGGCGACAACUACCCCGUCAUCGAGCGGCCCGCCCAAGCCCGUCAUUACAUCGAAAAGGUCGAGCACAACAAAGCCGCCUUCUGGUCCGGCAUCGACUUCGAGCUCUCCGUCCGCAUCGCCCGGCGCGAGGGCUGGCACACGCUCGAGAUGUCCGUCACCCGCGAAAUCACCUCGCACCCGUGGGCGCAGUCGACCAGCCCGCACUACGAGCACUUCUGGGAAGUCGUCUCGGCCGCCUUCACCGAGAGCCUCAUCGACGACAAGCACACGCAGGUCUACGCCAUCCUGCGCCCCCCCACCUCGCUCACCCCCGGCGGCCCGUUCAAGGACGGCCGGGCGGUGCGCGGCAGCGACUUCGGCGACGUCGAGUUCCCCCGGCUCGAGAAGGCCGGCAUCACCGUCUUCGCCAUCCACCCGACCGCCUCCGACGCCACGCGGGCGAGCGAGACGUACGAGAUCUCGCCCAAGGACAACGUCAGGCUCUGGCAGAAGAGCGGCCUCUCGUCGUCGGGCACCGCGGAGACCGAGUGCCCCAACGCCAAGAACAAGUUCAUGCUCGGCUGCGGGAACUCGGCGACCAAGGAAGAGACGCGUUUGACUACCUGCGGCGGCAUCUCCGAGCACGAGAUCGUUCUUCCGGGCGGCGGCUUUUGCGACUUCUCACACACCGGCAAUGCUGGAACUCACAAGGUUCGUUUCACCAAGUCGGAGGAUGUGUAUUGGCUCGAGGCGUGUGAGAUCCACGAAUUUUGUCCUUGA